CACUAUUCCACGCUGUUCAACUUUAAAAAAAUGUCACGAGCAUUAGUUACACUGCAAAUACUAAUGUAUUUAGUGGCUGUUUAAAGCUUUUAUAAUAAUAAAAAAAUUCACAAUUAAUAGUAAUUAAAAGUAAUAUAAUAACAAAAUAAUAACUGCUAUAAAACAAUCAAAAAAUUGUUAUAAUUUUUUGUUUAUUACAAAAAGCCACAUUUUACAUGCAAAAUAUCUUGGCAUAUUCUAUUGUAUUUGUUAUAACAAGAAAUAUUUAAAUAUUGUUUAAUUAUUAUAAUUAUAUAAAUAUAUUUUUAAUUUGUUAUAAAACGCAAUUAACUAUUGUUUAUUAUCUUAACGGUUAUAAGUGAAAAGUUUUUGUACUAUAAUUAUUUAAUGGGGAAUGAAAAAAGUGCUCUCAAUGGGAUUGAGAUAGAUGAAAAAGCUAUUGAAGUCACGGAUUUUUGGACACAAUAUAGUGCAAAUGUUCAAAACUAUAAUUCUCAGAAAGUAUCAGUUUUUAAUAGUGAACCAUCUUUACAUUAUACUGCAAGUUUUGGAAGACCAACCCCUUUGGAAAGAAUUGCAAAAAAUUUGAUGUUACAUCGGCACCCUUGUAUCUUAAGAUAUAUUUCUUCAUGGCAUAAAGGUAGUAAAUUCUUUUUAUGUACAGAAGAAGCUAAGCCCUUGAUACAAGUAAUCGAUGCACAAAAUGCUCUUCAAAUUUGUGUUGGCUUAUAUAGCAUUGCUUGUGCAUUAGUAUUUCUUCAUGAAAAAGCAUUAACAUCACAUAACAAUGUAUGCAGUGGUUCUAUUUAUAUAACACCAGAAGGAUGUUGGAAACUAGGUGGAUUUGAAUAUCUGUGUAAAUUCUCUGAAGCAACGUCAACUUACUAUCAAAAAAUAAGAAAUUAUAGAUAUGAAAGAGCAACUUGCCCCAAUGAAGAUAUAAAUGCAUUAAUUGAUUCCGGAAAUCUUGCUUCUAUUGAUGUUUAUGCAUUUGGGGUAUUAGCUGAAGAUAUUUUAAAAUUAAAACAUGCAGAUAAUAUACCAGCUUUAACUGAAUUUCAAGAGUUUUGUAAAGAAAAUCUACAAAGCUCAGAUGCAUCUUUAAGAUGUAAAUUAUCAAAAGUCCUUCAACAUCCUUUUUUCACACAUGAUUUUAUAAAAAUACAUGGUUUUCUUGAAGAAUUACCAUUAAAAACUAAUGAGGAAAAAGAAGUCUUUUUUACAAAUUUGGUGAAUGAUUUAAAAGCUUUUCCCGAAGAUGUUGUAGCUGAACAACUUGGUCGUUCUUUGUUGUCAAGAAUAGUUUUAUUAGAUCAAACAGCUCAAGUGAAAUUUUUGCCCUAUGUAUUAAAACCAAGAGAUGAAAAUGAUGAUAUAGAAAACAGUGUAUUUUCUACACCAGUUUUUAAGACUUAUUUAAUACCCAGACUUUUACAAAUGUUUUGUAUAAGAGAUGUUUCUAUCCGUUUGCUACUUUUAUUACAUUUCAAAUCAUUUGUACAUACAUUUCAAACUGAUGAAUUGAAAUCUCAAAUUUUACCUGAAUUAUUAGUUGGAAUAAAAGAUACCAAUGAUCACCUUGUUUGUGCCACAUUAAAGGCAUUAGCUGAAGUGGUAUCUAUCUUAGGAGCAGCAACAGUAAUUGGUGGAAAAAGAGCAAAGUUAUUUACAGAUGGACGACCAAAUAAGAUAAAAGAACAAAAAGAAAAUAAGAUUGUAUCUACCAUUAAAAAUAAUAACUCAGACACAAUUGCUUCAAUUGAUAUGAAUGAAAUAGAAUUGCAUUUACCAGAACGUCUAUCUCCAGAUGGUGGAGAAGAUAAAAAAGAGUCGUCAUUUGCAUUUGUUGAUGAGGAAAGUACUUGGUCUGAUUGGGAUGCACAUGAUGCAAAUAUUGAUUCUCAUCAAUCAAAUGUACAAAAUAUACAACAAAUAACACAAAUAGCAACUCCAAAUAUGGCAAGUGUAUCAGACUCACCAUCAAGUAUAACGAAAAGUGAAGUAAAUAAAUACAUAAAAAAAAUAGAAAUGUCAGAUAUUUCACAACUAGAUAUAAAACAUUCAAAAUCAAUGAAGAGUACAAUAGAUGAUUAUGAUUUUUUCACGGAUAUGGAACCUAUAAUAAAAAAGACACAUAUUUUACAUGUACAAGAUGAGAAGGAGAUUUCAUCGACAUGUUCAAAAAGCAUAUUUGAUGUAAAAUUGUCUAAUGUAACAUUACAAGAAUCUGAAGAUAAUGAUGGAUGGAGCGAGCAUUUAGGUGACUGGGAUAUAGAAGAUACUAAGGAAUUAAGUUUUUAAUUAAAUAUUUUUAAAUUAUAAGAGAAUGUUUAGUUAUAAAUAGAUUUUAAUACCUACCUAGUAUCUAAUAAAAAGCUUUUUAAUUAUUAAAUCUACAAAUAUUACUAUAAAAUUUAUUUUUUUAAAUGCAGAUAAUAUAGUACACAGAUAUAUGUAUUUAUUGUCAAAGUCAAAUAUCAACUUGCCCUAUUAAUUUAGUUAAAUAAAUAGCACAUUGAUAGAAAA